AUGUUAAAAUGCAUAGUUUCGAAGAUAUUACAAAUACAUAAGGGCAGCUGGAAUCCAUGUCAUCCACUCUUAUUUGAAAUGCUGAUGAUGAAAAAAGGUUUGACAUUACAAUAUUUGCUAAGCGAAGGAACAAAUAGUAAGCCAUCAAGUUGUUGUUCCCUCCUCAAUUCAGUGGCACCAAUUCAAAACUGCAAUUCUUUGUUGAUGGUGCAGUGCAGAUGGGGUGAAAGCUCACUACUAGCAAAAAUUUCCUGCUUAGUUCAACUACUUGAGAUCCCUAAGUCUUUAGUGCUUACCGAAAAACUGGACAUAAAGUAUGACAUCAAAUUAAUUUAUACUUUAAAUAAAAUUGCGGGUAUUCAUAGAAGUAAAUUAGUUCACUCUUUAUUACCAUUAAAAGAAUUGCAAGUUUCUUUGCAAAUCACACCUCUCGGAAGCAGAAGAAAUAGGCGUAUUAGCUCACACAGAAAGCAUUUUAAAGCAAAUAUAUUCGCUUCCUGCAUGCUUUGUAAUAAUUCUCAAUCUUCAACAAGUUUUAUUAAACCUAAACAAAAUCAGCCAACGAGGCAGUUAAAGUCUAUUUAA